UUUAUACAGCGUGUUCUGGCGCACGUUGAAGUAAAUAAAUUUAAUUUUAAAUUUUAAAACAGAAUGCAGUCAGAUGGCAAUGCGAAACGCAAGAGGCCCAAGAAGAAGGGCAACCGCUUCAUGCGAAACGCCAAGGGAUUCGCCAAGCAGGGCAUAUUCGGACGGGGCACACACAUCGACGAUGAGCAGUUCAGCUAUUUCAUCAACAUUCUGGACGCCAUGAAAGCGGGAUUCGAGGACGUGGAGGAGCGAGUCAACAUGGCCAACAAUGUGUUCGAGCAGACCCACGACCAGGAGAUCCACCUGGCCUCCAAUCAGAUCGUUUCCAAGGCGCUAGAGUCGCUGGUGGGAUUUGUGGACGACGUCCAGUUGGAGCGGUUCUUCAGCAAGUUCGGCGAAGGCCUGCGGCCCCUGUGCUCCGAUCGGUUCGCCUCACACGUCCUGCAGAAAAUGCUUGAGAUUGCCUUCCUGCGCGGAGUGGGCAAGUCAGCCAUCGUGGAAACCAGCGAUGCAGCUACUCCCAGCAAGCAGGCCAAACCGGAUGCCGCCCAAGUGGAGGAGGAGUACAACUUGAAGGCGGACUUCAGCGAAGAUCACCGCGAGAAAUGCCGGCAGUUCGUGCUGCGCAUCUCGAAGUUCAUGCUGAACAAUCUGGAGGACUUUGUUUGGGACAACUGCGCCAGUCACAUCAUGCGCACUGCCAUCCUGUGCCUGGUGGGCAUGCAUGUUCCCAAAAUCGCCUUCGAGAAGGGGGGCACCGAGAUGACCAAGCACCGAAAGCUGUACACAGUGCCGGAUGAGUGGCAGGAGGUGAUGAAGGACUUUCCCCAGCGACUGGAGAUGUGGCCCCAGUUUACGGACUUCCCCUACCAGGAGCACUCCUCCAGCCUGCUGGGUGUCAUCUGUUUGGCCCUAAGUGUGGCGGACAAAAGUAUGCUCAAGCAUUUUGCCAAGAAAAUCCUAACGAUCGGCCUGCUGAAACCAAACGAAGAUGACGAGGAUAAAAAGGACGAGGAUACCAAAAUUGAAAUCAAGGACGAAGAGGAUGAGGAGGCAAAAGAGACAGAGGAAGACACUGAAAAGAAGCAAACUGAUCCCAACUUACCAAAAGUCUUCCACCAUCAGACCUCUGUCAUUCUGUUAGAAACAAUUUUGAGCGUUGCAGGAGCCAAAUUGCUAACCCAACUGUAUGCUAUGCUCUUCUGCAACCGCAUCGGCUACCUAUCCAAGCAGCAAGGAACGAACUUUUCCGUUCAACGUCUCCUGCAGCACAUCAAGGAGGUCCCGGAUUUCGAGUCCGUCUUCACCGAACUUCAGCCGCACGUGGAGGAGCUCCUUAAAAUGGGAUACACCGGCGUGGUGUCCGCUCUGAGUGCAGCCUGUCUACGAUUGGGCACCAAGCAGGCUCAGAUGAUAGCUGCUCUGCAGAGUGCUCUUCACGUCAGCGGCGACAAGGAGAAGUCCAAGCUAUUCUUCAACUGCUUGGUCAAGCUAAAGCCUUUUGAAGUGGUUGGCAGCGAUGAGUCGGGUUUCGUUCAUCUGCACGGUUCGCUUAUUGCUCAACACGUCCUGCAGUUUAACAAACCCAUCUUUCUGGUUAACUGCAUACUCGAUCUGCCCGCCACCCAGCUGGCUCAGGUCUUUAACACGCCCAAUGGCUCACACAUCGUGGACGCCUUCAUGCAGAGCAAGUUCAUUGGCGAGAAAUCCCGAGAGCGUUUGAUCCGCCAGCUAGAUGGCUUCUACGUGGACUUGGCCAUCACGCGGCAUGGUUCCCGCGUCUUCGAAGAGUGCUUUAAGGCCUCUCAAGAGGCGCAGAAGCUGCGCAUGGCCAAGGAACUUUUCUCCAAGGCGAAUAUGCUGAAGGGAUCACCGCACGGUCGGAUCAUCUACACAAAGUACCGCCUGGACACAUAUAAACUUUCACCCAGCCAGUGGCAGGAGAGUUUGUCCAAGCAUUUGGACGCAGAGCAGCCAAAGGAGGAGAAGCGGAAAAAGGCCAAGACAGCCACCGACGCUUUUAAGGAUAUACUUAGCUAGUAUCUAGACUGUUUUUCCUAAUAAACCGUAUAUA